AUGAGGAUCGGAUUCAAGACGUCUCACUCACUGCGGUGCAUGCUUGGAUUGUGUGCGAUUGGCCCUGUUCGUGCCGUGUCCCAAGCAUUUCCCUGGCGAUGCUGCUCGGACGAAAGCGUUCCGAGCGAGGACCAACCCAGCAGAUGA